CUAACAAGCAGUAAUCUCCAACUCCAUCCCCUCCACCUCACACGCCUUCACCGCCCUACACACCGACUCCGAACACCCAGCCGCCCCAUUACACGGAUCCGGACACACGACCCCGGGACACGACCCCGGCCGACCGGGCCACUUAUCCGCCGCCGCGAGCCUGAACUGCGGAAACUGCGUGUUCGUGGCCACGUCGCUGACGUCGUAGUAGAUGAUGCCUUCGGCGACGGUGUAGUCGAAGUUGAUGGGGUGGUUGAAGUUGAAGUUGUUGGGGUCGGAGGUGGAGCUGGUGAAUUUGAUGACGUUGCCGGGGUGGGCGUCGUCGAGGGUGAGGGUGGUGUUGGCAUUGGUCUCGAUGGGGAUGGGGUCGGCGGGGGAGGAUUGGGAGGCGGGGGAGUCGGGGCGGAGGGCGAUUUUGUGGGGGCAGUUGUUUUGGAUGGAGAGGGUGGUGGCGUGGGAGAGGGGGAGGAGGAGGGUGAGGAGGGUUGUGGGGAGGAGGGAGUGCAUUUUGGGUUGGUGGUGGGUUGAUGUUGGU